AUGCCUAAUGCUAAACAAAUAUUUGGCAAUGCCACUAUAAAUUCAACCUCCAAGAGAGCACGCAAUCAAAGUCAACAAGAUGCAAGUUCUGCUACAAGUUUGGUUCUAAAAAGAUUACCAAAAAACAAUCAAGAACAACAAAAUAAUAAUAUUACAAGCUCUGCUCCAAACAAAAGAAACAAUGAGAGCAAUAAUGCCACAUUUGAAAUAGCAAAUCAAGGAAACAAAAAGAGAAAUGAUGAUAUUAAUAAUCCUACAUUAGAAAAUGAAAACACUACAUCUUUAGCUUCCUCAACAGAUCAUGGAAGUGAUGAUGAUCUUGUACCUCUUCCAGUUUCUUCGUCAUCUUACAAAAAUAAUGAUGCUAUUAGACCUCUUUUAGUUUUUUUAUCAGUUCACAGAAAUGAUAAUGUGACGCCUCUUCCAAAUUCUUUAUCAGUUUGUGGGGAUGAUAUUAUUUUGUCUUCCUUGAUUUCUUCUUUGGGCGAUCUACAACCAAAACGACCAGCACAAUUUCAACAAACAGAUAAUGAGUUUGAAAUUGCUUUGUGGCUAGCCCAUUUUAAAAGAAUAUUGGAUUUAGCGAAUAGUAUUAGAAACGGAAUGAUGACAAAAAUAGAUGAUAAAAAACAGGAUCUGGCUUCUACCCCAUUGCACGAUUCCAUAUCAAAACUUCUAGAAAUUGAUCAUAUAAGAAAUAUGAAAUUGUCAAAUGAAUUCAAGUUGAUUUAUAAAAGUGAAUUUAUUUCUGACAAUAUAUGGAAACAAUUGCUACAAAUGUAUUUAAAAGCAACCGAUCAAAAGAAAUUAAAGAAAAAUUCUGCAAUUUGUACAAAACUUGGUGGUUUUGUACAUCAAGUUGUUAAAGCUAUUCUCAUCACUCAAGAUGAUGAAAAAGAUACCCAAAAUGUAAUUAGAAAGUUCGAUGAAUAUACCAUAGAUCUAGAAAUUCCGACUAAGCUUGGAAUCAUAGGAUUGUUACCAGUGCAGGAACUUUUAGAGUGA